CAUAGCGCCUGUGGUUGGCCCAUGUGCAUGGGAGUGUGUAAGUAUUACGUAAUCUUCAGAGGAUGAAAACCUGGAUCUAGUGAGAGAGAGAGAAAGGUCAGAAGUGAGAGUGAGUGAGAGAGACAGAAAGAGAUUAACAGGAUCCAGGCCUUCCACUCUUGCAGAACAGUGUGACAGAAGAGCAGUUCUGACUGUAUACAUGAUAGUGUAUACGCCUGGGUGCAUGUCACAACGCUGCCAACACUCUCCGUUCUCUGGAUCUGCUCAUUGAAUCACAGGACUGCAGCAGAACUUUCUGGCCAAUUCAUUUGUUUACAUCUGACACCUGCUCUGACUUUGGACUAAAUCUGGGCUUGACUGGACAAGAUGCUUCUGCAUUUGGGAGGCUGCAGGGGGAAGAUGGGCAUUCUGCUCAUCAGGAGAGUGGGUUUGUUUUGUCGUGCUGCCCACUUGUCUCCCCAAAGCCUGGAGUAUCGACCGAUCAAAAAGGUCAUGGUGGCAAACAGAGGUGAAAUAGCCAUCCGGGUGUUUAGGGCAUGCACAGAGCUUGGGAUCCGUACAGUGGCUGUAUAUUCAGAGCAGGACACGGGGCAGAUGCACAGACAGAAGGCAGAUGAGGCUUACCUCAUUGGCAGAGGCCUGUCCCCUGUUGCAGCCUAUCUCCAUAUCCCUGACAUAAUCAAAGUGGCUAAGGAAAAUAAUGUGGAUGCAAUCCACCCUGGUUAUGGCUUUUUAUCAGAGUGCGCAGACUUUGCCCAAGCCUGUGUUGAUGCCGGGGUAAGAUUCAUUGGUCCUUCCCCAGAGGUUGUGUGCAAGAUGGGGGAUAAAGUGGAAGCCCGUGCCCUGGCCAUAAAAGCAGGCGUUCCAGUUGUUCCCGGAACAGAUGCACCCAUCUCAUCUCUUCAAGAGGCUCAUGAGUUUGCCAAAACAUAUGGCUUUCCCAUCAUCUUUAAAGCUGCAUAUGGAGGAGGAGGCCGUGGGAUGAGGGUGGUCCGAGAUUAUGAGGAAUUAGAGGAGAACUAUCAGAGAGCAUAUUCAGAGGCUCUGGCGGCAUUUGGUAAUGGUGCUCUGUUUGUUGAGAAGUUCAUCGAGAAACCACGCCACAUUGAAGUACAAAUUCUUGGUGACAAAUAUGGAAAUGUAAUUCAUCUGUAUGAGAGGGAUUGCUCUAUCCAGAGAAGACAUCAGAAAGUGGUAGAGAUCGCUCCUGCUGCCCAGCUCGACCUUCACCUCAGAGACAGACUGACCUCAGACUCUGUCAACCUGGCCAAACAGGUGGGUUAUGAGAAUGCAGGCACAGUGGAGUUCCUGGUGGACAAACAUGGAAAACACUACUUCAUCGAGGUGAACUCCCGUCUACAGGUGGAGCACACGGUUACUGAGGAAAUCACUGAUGUGGAUUUGGUUCAUGCACAGCUGCGUGUGUGUGAGGGCCGUAGUCUUCCUGAGCUGGGUCUCGAGCAGGACAAGAUCCAGAUCAAUGGCUGUGCCAUUCAGUGCCGGGUCACUACAGAAGACCCCUCCCGUGGUUUUCAACCAGACACAGGUCGCAUAGAGGUGUUUCGCAGUGGAGAGGGUAUGGGUAUUCGUCUGGACAGUGCUUCUGCAUUUCAGGGGGCUGUCAUCUCCCCCCACUAUGACUCACUGCUAGUUAAAGUCAUAGCCAGUGGCAAAGACCUCCCCACCGCCGCAACCAAAAUGCACAGAGCGCUCACUGAGUUCAGAGUUCGUGGUGUUAAGACUAAUAUCCCCUUCCUGCAGAAUGUAUUGAGCAAUAGCCAGUUCCUGUACGCCACAGUUGACACCCAAUUUAUUGAUGAGAACCAAGACCUUUUCAUCCUCAAACCUACACAGAACAGAGCCCAGAAACUCCUGCAUUAUCUGGGUCACACGAUGGUAAAUGGACCCAUGACUCCUAUUCCAGUGAAAGCCAAAUCCUCACCUGUUGAUCCAGUCGUUCCUUCUGUUUUUCUGGGUGAGCCGCCCAUGGGCUUCCGUGAGGUCCUGUUGAGGGAGGGUCCUGAGGGUUUUGCACGGGCAAUUCGACAGCACCAGGGCCUUCUACUGAUGGACACUACCUUUAGAGAUGCCCACCAGUCCCUGCUGGCCACUCGCGUCAGGACACACGACCUCAAGAAGAUUGCUCCAUUCGUGAGCCACAACUUCAAUAAUCUUUUCAGCCUGGAGAACUGGGGAGGAGCUACAUUUGAUGUAGCAAUGCGUUUUCUGUGGGAGUGUCCGUGGAAGAGACUUCAGGAGCUCCGAGCUCUGAUUCCCAAUGUCCCAUUUCAGAUGUUGCUACGUGGAGCCAAUGCGGUGGGAUACACAAACUAUCCUGAUAAUGCAGUUUUCAAAUUCUGCGAGGUAGCCAAAGAGAACGGAAUGGAUAUCUUUCGUGUUUUUGACUCCUUGAAUUAUAUUCCCAACAUGCUUUUGGGGAUGGAAGCAGCAGGGGCAGCGGGAGGCGUGGUGGAGGCGGCCAUUUCUUACACGGGAGACGUGUCUGACCCCAUGAGACAGAAAUACUCACUGGAGUACUAUCUGAAGCUGGCCAAUGAGCUAGUUAAGGCUGGAACACACAUACUGGCUAUUAAGGACAUGGCUGGCCUGUUGAAGCCAGAAGCCAGCCGUUUACUGAUUGGAGCAUUGCGGGACCGUUUCCCUGACAUCCCUAUCCAUGUUCACACUCAUGAUACAGCGGGUGCGGGAGUUGCCGCAAUGCUAGCCUGUGCACAAGCAGGUGCAGAUAUAGUGGACGUAGCAGUGGACUCGAUGGCAGGCAUGACCUCUCAACCGAGCAUGGGUGCCAUCGUCGCCUGCACCAGAGGAACCAAACUUGAUACUGGUGUUUCUCUGGACAGAGUCUUUGACUACAGCGAGUACUGGGAAGUAGCUCGUGGUCUGUAUGCCCCAUUUGACUGUACUGCCACAAUGAAGUCUGGUAAUUCAGAUGUUUAUGAAAAUGAGAUCCCAGGAGGCCAGUACACCAACCUACACUUCCAGGCCCACAGCAUGGGCCUCGGUAACAAGUUCAAAGAGGUGAAAAAAGCCUACGCCGAAGCCAACAAGCUGCUGGGAGACCUUAUCAAAGUGACCCCCUCCUCUAAGAUUGUGGGUGAUCUGGCUCAGUUUAUGGUGCAGAACUCUCUCUCCCGGGCUGAGGUAGAAGAGAGAGCAGACGAGCUCUCCUUCCCUCUGUCUGUUGUGGAGUUCCUGCAAGGACACAUUGGAAUACCACACGGAGGAUUCCCUGAGCCCUUCCGGUCAAAGGUGCUCAAGUCAAUGCCUCGUAUUGAAGGUCGUCCUGGGGCUUCACUUCCACCAAUGGACUUCGAGGCUCUUGAGUCUGAUCUGCGAAUGGCACAUGGUGAUGAAAUAACUCCUGAAGAUGUGAUGUCGGCAGCCAUGUACCCUAAAGUCUUCCAGGAGUUCAAAGAGUUCACAUCAAACUUCGGCCCAGUGGACUGCCUUAACACUCGCCUGUUUCUGGAUGGCCCCAAAAUCGCAGAGGAGUUUCAGGUUGAGUUGGAGAGAGGGAAAACGUUGCACAUCAAAGCCUUGGCCUUGGGUGACUUGAACAAGUCAGGUCAGAGAGAGGUGUUUUUUGAACUCAAUGGCCAGCUACGUUCAGUCUUGGUCAAGGAUACAGCAGCAAUGAAGGAGAUGCACUUUCACCCUAAAGCCUUGAAAGAUGUGCGGGGACAGGUUGGAGCCCCCAUGCCCGGUAAAGUGGUGGAAGUAAAGGUGAAGCCAGGCCAGAAGGUGGAGAAAGGUCAGCCUCUCUGCGUCCUCAGCGCCAUGAAGAUGGAGACAGUUGUCAACUCGCCAAUCUCAGGCAUCAUAUCCAAGGUGCACGUCAAUGCCGACAGCAGCCUGGAAGGCGAUGAUCUCAUCCUGGAAAUAACUGAAUAAAGUUUAAAAGCUACAGAGGUUAAAAGUUUCUUUUAUAUAAAAAAAAAAUAAAAAUGUAAGAGCAAUCUUGUAAUUUGGUGGACUGAUGGUGUCGUAAUUAGUGAUGAUUUUGAUAUAUUUCUAAUAUUUCUACUAAUGAUAUAUUAAAAUGAACAAGAUUCAUUAAGAAUCCAGAUGACAGUAAUUUUUAUGCAUCUGUGUACUGAAUGGGUUUUGAAAGAGAAACGCUGCAAGUUUUAAGUUUGAAGAGGAACAGCAGUUUUACAUUAAUGUAAUGUUAGUGGAGCGAAAAUUCAGUUUUAAAAAUGUCUGAAAUAUUAAUAUCAGCCGAUAUUCUAGUAGAUGCACAUUUAGCAUGGUGUUGUCAUAAUAACGUCAUUCUGCACAUCUUUCCAAAGCAAUAAAGUUGAGUAAUUAUGAACCCAGUUCGGAUGCAUAGAAGCAAUUAACAAUAAUCAAAGAUUCAAAACCAGCCAUUAUUUUGGACUAGUUGAUUAUAAGGAGUGUGAGUGUAGCUAAUUCAUUGUGGUAAAUGUGUGUAAUAAUGUUUUUGAACAUUUCCGCACAACAAAUCCCUUGUGAUUUCUUUCUUCUCUCCUCAUGUCGCUCAUCCUGCUCUUUUUUUUUAAUCACUCUAUCACCUUUGCACCAGAGGAGCACUCAGGUUUGCACUGCCACUAUAAGUGAACAGCAAGUCAUUACACAAGCAAUAAUGAAGUAAACAAAUGCGAAAUGAGUGUCUGUGGGGCAGCGAAGAGAAGCUUCACUUUACAAAUCUUUCGGAAUGUUUUGCAAAUGUAAUAUGUUUACAUAAAUCCCACUUAAAGAAUGCUCAAACAAUGUGCUUUCUCAUUCAGCAGAAUGCUUUUUAAGACCAUUUUAAUGCUUUAGAAUAGGAGACCGUAAUUAUGGGUUUUUAAAUAUGGGUCUAUCAUUGGUGCCAUUAAUAAUGGAAUGGUCUUCAGUCUGUGUUAUUAAUGAUGUGCUGCACAAGAUAUUUCAUACUUGACCUUGAAAUAAGCCUUGAUUAUAGUUUCAUAUAGAAACCUCACUGUGACAUUUCAAGGUGGAUACGAGUUGAAAUUGGGAUUCACAAUCGGAAAUCUGCAGCAAUAUAGGGUCCAAAAUAGAAAUGGUCAAACCGAUUAAAAAGUUGAUGCAGCCUGAAGAGAUCAGAGGACAGGGGUGAUUGUAUAUUGAGCUCAUGGAUGCAUUCAGUUUUUCUGAAUCUUUUGGCUGGCUUAUCAACGGCUUAGUGCAGAGAGGUAGAGCUGUCUUCCAUUGUGAUACAAUUUCACAAUGGCUUUUCAAUAUAUCAUAUGACUUGCACAUGAUUCUCACAAAUUUUGAGCUUGUAUUAUUGUGUGCUUUCAGUGGGAGCCUGUGCAAACAGCAUGAGUGCAUGUAUGACAUGAUUUUGUGUGUAUGCAUAAGAAAGCCAGAGAUGCAUACAGACACCCACGUGUUACCAGGGAUACAUAAGACACACGCAAAAUGAAGUAGUGUUCACUGAAGCUGUUCAGUUAAACAUUAAACUGCUUUAUGUGUUUGUGUAUUUUAAAAAAAUGGCACUGUUUGAUGGUUUCUGCCAUGUUUCGAUGUUUACAAGGGAACAACGGAACCAAUAAGAAACUCAAAUUCUCUGUGUGGGUGGAGAACUGAGAACUUUAGCAGGUCUGUCAGUUGAGGAUUUCACUAUUGAAUCAGAAUAAGUGAAGCUCCAAAUGCUUUAGUUUAAUCAUUUAAAUUGUGAUAGAAAUGAAUGUUUUGUUUGUAUUUUGAUGCCAUUCCGUUUAAAUUGUACACUGCAUUUACAUGAUUUUAAGAAUGUUUAUUUUGUUUCCUGCUUAUCCUUAGUUCUAAACUUUGUCCAGAUGGUUGUUGCUUUGUUGUAAUCAUGUUAGAUAUAUGUUUAAUAAGGAUGGAAAAAUAAUACAAUAAAUUAAAGAUUUACAACAAAAAAA